AUGGAAUAUCUCAAAAAUGAAUUAAAACAUAAUGCUAUAGUUACUAUUGAUGAAAUUUCAGUGGAAACUGCUUCAAUUGGCAAGUACUUUGGAUCCCCAAGGUCCUCAAGAUCCUCAAAAUCUACCAUGUCACCUUCUAGCAUUUCACAGAUUAAACAAAAAGAAAAGGAGAUGCUCGACAAUCAGGCUCUGCUCCAGGAAGUAAAAUACAGAUAUGAGUUCUUAGCUAGUAAGUCCUCUCACAAAAUUGUAUGUAAAAUAUUGGAAAAAAUGAAAUCUUUGGACCUUUCCACAUUCUCAUUCACUGAUCCUUUACUCUCAUUUAUAUUGGAUAUGGAUCAAAUUAAUCCUAAAUUAGUGGUCUACUUUCAAAUUCUGAAUUAG